AUGUCACUUUCACUAGAAGCCUUAGCAAUGGCAGGCACUAAUUAUCUUGAAUGGGGUGUGGAUGUUGAAGAAUGGGAAGAUGAUGACUCGGAGCUGCCUCCGCCUCACUUACUUGUGGAAGAAGUUAGGGAUCAUAGGUGUGGCUUUCCUGUUACCUACAUUAGUUUUCCAUGUCACCCUCUACAAGAUAGUUGUGAUGGUGAUGAUGAUAAUGAUAGUGAUCAAAUCGCCAAGUAUUCUCAUCCAAAACCAGAGGAGACACUGGCUAAGAGGAAGACAAAACUCAUGAGUACCAUAGGAUUGAUGGUGAAAGCCAUUAUAAGGUUGUUGAUGAUCGCAGGAUUGGGUAGGAGAUAG